CGCGCCCGCCCCGCCUCUCGGCGCCGGCCCGGGAGCCCGAUCCGGGAGCGGCGGCGGCGGCGGCGGCGGCCGGAGGGACGAUGAGCGGCGCGGCGCGGGCGGGCCCGGCCCGGCUCGCCGCGCUCGCGCUGCUGACCUGCAGCCUGUGGCCAGCGCGGGCGGACAACGCGAGCCAGGAGUACUACACGGCGCUCAUCAACGUGACGGUGCAGGAGCCCGGCCGCGGCGCGCCGCUCACCUUCCGCAUCGACCGCGGGCGCUACGGGCUCGAUUCGCCCAAGGCCGAGGUGCGCGGCCAGGUGCUGGCGCCGCUGCCCAUCCACGGAGUUGCUGAUCAUCUGGGCUGUGAUCCUCAAACACGGUUCUUUGUCCCUCCUAACAUCAAACAGUGGAUUGCCUUGCUGCAGCGGGGAAAUUGUACCUUUAAAGAGAAAAUAUCACGGGCUGCUUUCCACAAUGCAGUUGCUGUAGUCAUCUACAAUAAUAAAUCCAAAGAGGAGCCAGUCACCAUGACUCACCCAGGCACUGGAGAUAUUAUUGCUGUCAUGAUUACAGAAUUGAGGGGUAAGGAUAUUUUGAGUUAUCUGGAGAAAAACAUCUCUGUACAAAUGACAAUAGCGGUUGGAACUCGAAUGCCGCCAAAGAACUUCAGCCGUGGCUCUCUAGUCUUCGUGUCAAUAUCCUUUAUUGUUUUGAUGAUUAUUUCUUCAGCAUGGCUUAUAUUCUACUUCAUUCAGAAGAUCAGGUACACAAAUGCCCGGGACAGGAACCAGCGUCGUCUUGGAGAUGCAGCCAAGAAAGCCAUCAGCAAAUUGACAACCAGAACAGUGAAAAAGGGUGAUAAGGAAACAGACCCAGACUUCGAUCAUUGUGCAGUCUGCAUAGAAAGCUAUAAACAGAAUGAUGUCGUCCGAAUUCUCCCCUGCAAGCAUGUUUUCCACAAAUCCUGCGUGGACCCCUGGCUUAGUGAACAUUGUACCUGUCCUAUGUGCAAACUUAAUAUUUUGAAGGCCCUGGGAAUUGUGCCAAAUUUGCCAUGUACUGAUAACGUAGCAUUUGAUAUGGAAAGGCUCACCAGAACCCAAGCAGUUAACCGAAGAUCAGCCCUAGGUGACCUCGCCAGUGACAACUCCCUUGGCCUCGAGCCACUUCGAACUUCGGGGAUCUCGCCUCUUCCUCAGGAUGGGGAGCUCACUCCUAGAACAGGAGAGAUCAACAUCGCAGUAACAAAAGAAUGGUUCAUUAUUGCCAGUUUUGGCCUCCUCAGUGCCCUCACACUCUGCUACAUGAUCAUCAGAGCCACAGCUAGCUUGAAUGCUAAUGAGUGGUCACUUCUUUCAUCGGAACUCUCUGUCCCCUCGGAGCCUGGUGUAUGAAAGUGAAUUCUCCACAAUCGAACCUUCUUUGGACCUGUAUGAUGAGAACAAAACCUGAUUUUUUAAAAUGGGCCGUCACCUCUUUUGUGGUUUGAUUUAUGGUCACCUUUCUUAUUUUGUAUUCUUCUGUCAGUGUCCAUUUCGGAAGAAUGGCAGUGCUUUCCAAGCACAGGCUGGGGCUCAGGGUUAAAUUGCAAAAUUCCCCCAAGGCAAGGCUUUGAGGACCGCAUUAUGGCCUAGGUAGCCUCGUGGCGCCAAAGACCUCCCCAAAGCUGGCCACUGAACGUGGGCCCCAGCAAGCCUGGCUCUUUCCAGAGAAGAGGCGGGGCCCAGGGGUUAAUGUUGCAUUGCCAACGUGUCUCUGAAUAAUCACAUGCCAUUCUGUGUCGGGGUGACACUGGGGUUCCUUGAAUACCUUUUGUGCUCCCCACUUACAAUGCGUACUGAAGCCUGCAGGCGCUGCUUCUUGCUGAUGCGGGGCACACGUUGCUGCCCCGUGGCCCGCUCCACAUUUUCCUGUCUCUUACGUUCCUUCCUGUUAAAGGGCCUCUUUCUAAAAGUUCCUAAGAGGAAGCCUUGCCUCUUGUCCCUCCUCUGAGCCUGCCCCAGAGCACUGCCGAGGGGCUGCAGGCCGGGCAGGAGGGCAGCUGUCCGUGCUGUUGCUGCCCGCAUCCCUCAUACAGCAUGCCAUAAGGUGACAAGUGCUUAUGUGACCACUGAAACAUGGAAGGCCCUGUCCCUGAGGCCGGUGGACUUGUCUUCUUGGCAACUGCUGAGGCGUAUGGGGAGGUAGUGCCCAGGAAGCCAGCGGGGCAUGGUGACCCCCGGGUGGCGGCCAGUGGUUGUCGAAAUCAGAAUGUUCUGAGCGCUUUCUUAAGAAAAAUCAGACCACCUCCUUGCUGUUCCGUACCACAUAAGCACUCCUCUUCCGUCUUCACCCAUUCAGCCCAGUCCCCUCCCGCCAGCCUCGGCUUCAGCAUGAAGCAGGCACAGGGGCUUACGGGAAAGACUCGGUUGCCAGCGUGGUGGACAUCAGGGACACACGUGCUCUGGGAUGACAUCAAGUUAACAUCACAAGAAACACACAUCUUAAGAGGAAUCCCAACACAGAACCACAGUGAGCGAAUUUAUAAAACAAAUUGUGCAUCCUUUUGGCUCAAGGACACACCGUAGUUCAGCCUGUUUCUCCUGUUGAUAUGAGCUACGGAGAGAUAUAAAUGUAAAUCCUCAGAUCCUUGUAUGAGAGUGGAAACUUCAGUUCCAUACGCCUAGAGGUAGAUCCGGCAGCAGGCCACGCACUCGCGCCGUUACGUAUUGACUGCAGGACAGAGUUUGAGGGGAACACUUGCCAUGUCUCACGUGCAGCUGGCUUCUCUUCUCGUGAUGUGUUACUGAGAUGCCUCAGACACAGGUGUGCCUGGAACAAAACCCCUCAGAGAACCAGGGUGUGACGUCACCUCCAAGUGACCAGCAGCGUGUUGCUAUCAUUUGCAGAGUUUUAAGGUCUUCGCAGCUUUUUCUUUUUACCUUUAACCAAGGGCUUUUGUUUGGUUUUCCUUUGUACUAUUGUCUUUGUACUAUAAAAAUAUUUUUGAUAAACAGUUCCAAGAGAGCACUGUUCAGAAAGACAGGCUUGCCCCACUGGCUUGACAGUGAGAAAAUAUGUCUCAAGGAGAUUAGAACUCGGUCUGCCAGAGGUUCCAGGCACGCACCUGCGUUUGUAUUUGGUUUGGCUCACCCGACAGAGAAGAUGGCGUAGUUCCGACCGUGUUGUUCCUACCAUGACCUUGUUUUCCUGAACCAGAACUCAGAGCCCAACGGAGUGUUUUCUUCUGAUUUGUAGUCUUAUAAACGCAUAUACGUUCAGUUUCACUCCAGACAUCCCUUUACUGAAAAGACAUGAAAUUACUUGAGAAGAAAUUAAAAAUUCAAACACCUAAAAGUUCACCUAUUAAUAUAAUAUUUGAAUGUCUGGUAAAUCUAGGCACCUAGUCACUGUCAAAUAACCAAGGAGGCAUUUCUUACCGGGGAAUUCUCUCCGCACAGCGCUUCAGAUCCCAGCUCGACACCCUUUCCCUGCUCAGCUACAGAACAUCCUUUGUCAGGAAAGAUAGUAACUUCUCCGGGAAGGUCAUAUACUCAAGGAAUAGUGAGGGUAGCGUUUUUCAUCCCAAACAACAGAGCUGCCUCUUCUCUGGCAGCUGUGCCAAGGGGAACUGUUCUGCCCAGCCACCCCGGGGACCUGGCAGAGGCUGGGACACCAGGGCUGCUUGCCCGGUGAGCUUUGCGAGAAUGCACUUCUCACCGUGGGCAGGCCUGCCAGUGAGAAGCUUGAGGUUCGGGGAGCAGCGUGUCUUGGCCAUGUGGGAAAGUUGGGGUGCAGAGAGGCACUUCUGCCCUGUAUGAGUACCUCCGUCUGACAGCUGCAGUGGUUAUUAGCCAGGAACAUGAUAACCUCUGACUGGUU